CUGCACUGGAAACUGCAGUGUCUGGCCCGGUGAACCUGCCAAUGCUGAGGGAAGUCAGUAGUUGCUCGGUAUUCCGGUGCGUCUAGCUGGCUCAUUUGGUGCCAGCAAAGAUUAGGAUGCCCACGAGGUGAUGUGCCCGUGUGUAUUUAGGUUCUGAGUCCCUUUGGAGGUUUAGUCUUUAUAGAAUCUGACAAUGAAUGUGGCUGAGAUAACUGUGCCAGGCUAAACACCAUACAAAGUCAAUCCCCAUGAACAAGCCCUCGGCUGGGCAGUGUGUACGGGGCUUACUUCAGCUGGCACACUGAUUGGACAUCCUCAUUUUGGAGGGCCUUCCUGCUCCUCUCGCUCUCCGAAAUUAGUUUAAUUGAGGUCUGUCAAUCCAGUAAAUUCUCCAGUUAUCUUGUCAACCGGCUACAGAGGUCAAAAUGGCUGAUCGCACCGUUCCUCAUGCCUACCCAAUGAGUAUGGAUUACGAGAUGUGUUCUCCCCCUCGAAUCUAUGAUCAGAACUUUGCAGAAGCUCUGAGUCCCAAGGACCUGUUGGCCCCUGUCUUGUACCACGGUUACUACAUUCGUCCCCGCAUCAACAAGCAGCUUGAGCGGGGCUUCUCUCACAUAGAAAGUGAAGAUGAUUGGUAUCGAGUUUUGUUAGAUGUGUGCCAGUUCACACCAGAUGAGAUCAGUGUGCGAACAGUCGACAACCUGUUGGAGGUGACGGGGCGGCACGCUCAGAGAAUGGACCAGCAUGGCUUCGUGAGUCGUGAGUUUACCCGCACGUACAUCUUACCAAUGGGUGUGGAUCCGCUGCUGGUGCAGGUGUCUCUCUCACAUGACGGGAUACUGUGUAUCCAGGCACCACGAAAAACGGAGGACCUGGAGCUUAAAAUCAACCAGCUCAAGAUUAAAGUGGACAAAAAGGAAAGCAAAAGUUAAUAAAGUGGACUGAUAUAAGCAGGCCCACAUGGAAUCCCAUGUAGAAAAGUCUAUGGAGUUGGAAUGCCCAACACUUGCUGCUCAUUUAUUAAAUAUUUUGGAUAUUUUGAAUAAUUUGACGUUCUCUCACAGUUUGUUAACAUGCAUUCCACAGAAUUCUAAAAUGAGUGCAGAAAAAGUCUACAGAUUCCUUCUGGGUCUGUAUUAUACACUACAGGUCAAACGCUUGGAAUAAUUACGAUUUUUAAAAUGGUUUUGAAA